AUGGAGGGAUCCAUGGAUCCCACCCUCUCCACCUCUGUUUUUCCAUCGCUCCGCGCAUCCAGUCUCCCCUCGCGUAACAUGCAACCUGUUCCAACGGGGGUUUCUUCGCAAAAACCCCUUCCUUGGACCAGGGUCCUUACUGACAACCCUAACCCUAACCCUAGCUUGUUUGCUGUCUCUGCUAUUCCAACUCCAGAAGAUAUAAUCCCGUUUGCGCAUGAGGACGUGGUUGAAGCUUCUUCGGAAUGGAAUAUGGCUUUGGUUGGAUACUCGCUGGGUAAGAGGCCUUUUUACGGAUCUUUACUUGCAGCGGUAGAUGCUACGGCUACUUAUCCGGAAUUUAUUCCUAUUCCGGUAGAAGGGAAAAUUUUCAAUCUGAAAAUUCUUUAUGAGUGGAAACCAAUUCCCUGUGAACAUUGCUCGUCUUUAAUUCACGUGAACUUUGAAUGUCCGAAUAACCCAAAUCCACAGACUCUUGCUCAAAAACCCAUUAUUCCUCCACGGGGCCGAAGUUCUAGUCGCAAACCCAAAGAGAAUAUUGGUGUUCAAAAUGGCAUUCUUUCCAACCCGGAUGAACAGAGAGUUAUCCCAGAAGUUUCUAUCAUAGGCUCUCACAAGGUUCCUCUAAUCAUACCUAACAUUCCCAAUCUGAAUGGCCCUAAUGAGGAGCUUUCUUCUUCUGAAUCCUCUAACCCGCCUACCCAGGUUUCUCCUCCUCUUAAAGCUAAAUCUCCGGUGGUUCAAUCUUUGAAUAAAUUCUCUGUUUUACAAGACAAUUCUGAUCUAGAUCUGGAUCCUGAGGUCCAAAUCAACCAGGUUAGGGAGCCACAGACUAAUUUGACUUUUGGCAUUCAAAGUUCUGUACUGAAUUCACUUCCCAGUACGAGCACCCAAACUGCUUCUCAAGGCCCUAUUGAAAAGGAUGAGAGAAUCUCUUUAUGGGAGGAUAUUAGAAGGAUUAAUCCACUUAAUAAUCUUCCAUGGAUUGUUGCUGGAGAUUUCAACUGCUGUCGCUUUAUUUCUGAGAAGGCAGGGGGUAAUCCACUAUCGGUUGAUAGGAUGGGUCAUUUUAACACUCUAAUCUUUGAUACGGCUCUCACUGACCUUACCUCCACGGGUAUUUUUUUCACUUGGAAUAAUCAGAGAAGUGACAAUCCUAUUAGCAUUAAGCUAGAUAGAUCUCUGGUUAAUGAAAAAUGGAUUGCUACUUUUCCUAACUCCUAUUAUAAGGUGCUGAGUGCUUCUAUUUCUGAUCAUUUACCACUUAUCAUUUAUUCUGGAGAGCAUAUUAAGAAAAUCCAUAGAUUUUUGUUCAAAAAUCAUUGGACCAGGUAUCAAAACUUCUGGGAAGUGCUGUUAGAUGUGUUUGCGACCCAUUAUGAGGGAAAUCCCAUCAGCCAGUUCUAUAACAAGCUCAGGAAACUUAAAAAACACAUUAAGGGAGCGAAUUGGAACUCUUCUAACUCUAUUAGUAGUUCGAUUGAUUCACUUACUCAGCAGCAGCUGGAUUGUCAAACUCUCCUAGAUUUUGACCCUCUCAAUCCUGAGCUCAGAAAUAACCUUAAGAUCAUCAACUCAAAGCUCAUGUUUUACAAUUCUAUCUGGUCCACUUGGGUUAAACAAAGAGCUAAAGUCAAAUGGCUCAAAAAUGGGGAAGAGGAUUUAAAAUUUCUUUACUCUAGGAUCCAUAGGAGGAAAGCUGUCAAUACUAGUUCUUCUGAAAAUGCUCUAUUUGGGCAUUCAGGUGAUCGUAAUAGCAAAAUACAAGAAAUUAUUGACCAUUUCAAGGUUUUAGUGAAUCACAAUAACUAUGCAUCUGCGGAUGAAAGCAACUUUCCUACUGGAUCUAGUUUCCCGAUCCAUCUAACUGAAGCUCUGAUUAAACCUGUCACCUUUGAGGAAGUAAAAAAUGUUGUUUUGGCUGGGCAUUCGGACUCUGCACCUGGACCAGAUGGAUAUAAUUUUGAUUUCUAUAAAAAGUGUUGGCACAUCAUAGGCAACGAUGUUUUCAGAGCAGUGCAAUCAUUUUUCUUGAAGAAUUAUCUACCUGUAGGUGCCAAGCCUACGGCUCUUGUCUUGAUUCCAAAAAAUAAACAUGCCUGCAGUAUUGAUGAUUUUAGGCCUAUUGCCUUAUUGGCUACUGAUAAUCCCAUUCUAGCUGAUGAAAUUAUGAAGAUGUUCAACAAUACUAGAAGAGAAUACUUAUGUGCUAAAUUUGACAUCAAGAAGGCUUUCAACACUGUUUCCAGAUAUUUUCUUAUUUCUAGAAUGACUCAGAAGGGCUUUCCUAAUGUAUUUACUAAUUGGAUCAAGACAUGCAUCACAAACGUUAAUUUUUUCAUUUGCUUGAAUGGAUCGCUUGAAGGUUUUUUCCCUUCUUCAACAGGUUUAAGGCAGGGUUGUCCUGUCAGCCCAUAUCUUUUCUGUAUUCUAAUGGAUAGCUUUUCUUGCUUGAUAGAUGAACAUGCUAACAUGAGAAAUUUUAAGGGUAUUUCAGUGGGAGAUUUUCAUAUAUCGCAUCUAUUAUACGCUGAUGAUUUAAUUGUUUUUGGAGAAGCUAACAAUUCUAACUGCUCUAAUCUUAUUGACAUACUGGAUUAUUUUUUUGCUUGCUCUGGUCUUUAUACGAAUAAUCAAAAAAGUUCUGUCUCCUUUUCUCAGCACACGCCUAACAUAAUGGAAUUGGCUCAUAUUCUGAAAAUUCCCAAUGUUACUAAUAAGUUUAAUUAUCUUGGGAUCCCUAUUUCCACUGGGAAAGAUAACUUUUCUACUUACUGGUUGGAAAGCUAA